UUUUUUUUAAAGGAACAACCUCUCUCCUUCAUCUUCUUCUUCUUCGACCCAACAUCUUCUGCUUCAUCAGUUUCUCUUCCGAUAAGCAAUCAUGGUCGCCGUUGGUAGUAGGUUCAACAAAGGCGUUAACCCUUUUGUCUCUGAUCAACAAGUGGAUGGAAACGACAACGUUUCAUUGGAGGCCGGCGCUGAAUCUUCUUCUUCUACCACUUUCUACGACAUGAAACUGGCUUUUCCUAAAAAAGGUAGAAAAUCCAUACAGAAAAGACUUGUGUCAGUGCCAUUCAAGGACUUUGAUGGUUCGAGUCUAAAGGGGGAGCGUGCUCCACCGUCCGAUUCUUGGGCUUGGAGAAAGUACGGCCAAAAACCCAUCAAAGGUUCUCCUUUUCCCAGAGGUUACUACCGUUGCAGCAGCUCCAAGGGAUGUCCUGCAAGAAAACAAGUCGAGAGGAACCGAGCGGAUCCUACGAUGUUAGUGAUCACCUACUCCUACGAACACAAUCACCCAUGGCCAACUUCUAGAAACAACAGUGCCGCCGCGAAUCAAGCUGCGGCUGCUGCGGAAGCGAAAGCGAAAGCGGAGACGCCAACGACGGCCACAACAGUUGUGAAGCCUGAGCCGUCUACUUCGCAGCCCGACACGGGAACUGAAUCAGGGAGGGAAGAGAGGUGCGCUGAUCUGACGGGUGAUGAACUCGCUUGGUUCGGGGGAAUGGCAGCGACGUCGUUGACGGUUUUGGAGAGCCCGAUGUUUGCGGAAAGAGACAACGGUGACGUGGCGAUGGUUUUGCCGAUGAGGGAAGAGGACGAGUCGUUAUUCGCUGAUCUGGGCGAGCUACCCGAGUGCUCGUUUGUGUUCAGGCACCAACGGAACGUGGGACCACAAGUUGGGAUCUGCUGACACAUGGCCGAGGUAGGAAUUUAAAAACCGGCGGAGGAAUCGUUGGUUUGAACGCCGUGCCGUUAUCGUGUGGCACAAGAUACCACGAAAUGGAAAACAACAAAAGGAAAACGAAAAUCUGUAACAUUAUGUCACGUUUAUCUUGAUGUGAGCUACCGCCUACCAACAUUUUCCGUCGGCUGGAGGGACUUAAUUGAAUAGAUUCGGUUUUAACUUGACUCAUAACAGAAUU